AUGAAAUUACUACAUAGAUAUUUAGAAGAAACUGUUUUAGACUGUGAACUGAGAAAAAAUGCUAUUAAUGAUCUGAUUUCUACUAAAGGUCAGCGUAUUAAUUGUUCUAUUAUGGGGUACAAUGCUGAUAAUCAAAAUGACCUUUUAAAUAAAGAUUUAGAAAUUAAUAUAUUUGAAAAAAUAACUAUAUUUGAUUCUGUUAUGAUUAUUAGAGCUGGUUUAAAAGAUGUUAAGAUG